GGACGGUAGACUUUCGAUCUUUGAGUGAUGAUGAUGCUACUCCGCGGUAUCAUCCUCUGCAGGUACCUGGCUGUGUGUCAUCCCCUGAGGUACCACGCUCUCAUGACCCACAGCAAGCUGCUGUUCUCCUGCAGUCUGGCCUGGGCCGUGGCUUUCCUCUGCAUCGGUGUCCUGUUCUCCCUGAACGUGGGAGUCCCGCUGUGCGGCACCGUCAUCAAGCACGUCUACAGCAGCAACCGCUCUAUCCUUGCACUGUCUUGCGCUCCUACCCCCGCCAACAACAUCUACGGUCUCUGCAUGUCAUGGACCGUGAGUACCGGAACGUUCCUGAUCAUCGCCUUCUGCUACGUUAAAAUUCUGCACGCAUGCGUCAAGAGUUCAGCGGACCGAGGCAGCUACAGCAAGGCCAUGCAGACCUGCGCAACUCACCUGGUGAUCUACGUGAUCUACGAGAUCUCCGCCGCCAUCAUCAUCCUGAGCCAACGUUUCGACUCCAUCUCGCAAAACAUCAAGAAGUUCUGCAGCAUCUUGUUUAUAAUUGUUCCUCCCACCAUUAACCCCAUCAUCUACGGCCUAGCCACAAAAGAGCUGCGCACGAGCAUCCUCAGGCAGUUCACUAAGCUUUGCGCAAAGCACAAAAUACAGGAUGUCAAGUUGAUCAGAAAAUAGGCUACAUAGUGUCGACUAGUUGAAUGGCCUGAUAGUCAAGUAUCUGUGUGUUAAUGUAGCCUAUGUAGUGCCUAUUAUAAUUCUCUAAAUGCUUUGUAAACAACAACAGUAAUAGUCAAUGUCCAAAUAGUAAUAUACUGUAGGCCCCUAUAGAUAUAUCCGUUCGAGGCAUAGCUACAUGCAAACAGCCUGAAACGUGUUACUUAUUAACUCCCAAUGCAAAUGUUUGUAUAGCAAAGAACACAUUAUGUUUGUUAUCAAGUCAUAUUAGGAAA